AUGUUUGAUCUUAAGGAUGUGGUACGCCCAAAUAUUCUCACAUUAGAACCUUAUCGCUGUGCUAGAGAUGACUUCAAAACAGGUAUUUUGUUGGAUGCAAAUGAAAAUACCCACGGUCCUGCACUUUCAGAAAUAACUACUGCCGAAGAGUCAUUAGAGCUUAAUAGAUACCCCGACCCACAUCAAUUGGAAUUGAAACAACAGAUUGUUGAUUUUCGAAAUGCAUCACCAAAUAAACACAGCACAUCACAAUUAACUCCACAAAAUCUUUGUCUUGGUGUAGGGUCUGACGAAAGUAUUGAUAUGUUGUUGAGGUGCUGUUGUGCUCCUGGCAAAGAGAAAUUAUUAACAUGUCCUCCUACUUAUGGCAUGUACGCUAUUUGUGCUAUUGUGAAUGAUGUUGAAACUGUCAAAGUACCAUUGACUAUUCCUGAUUUUCAAAUUGAUGUUGAAGGAAUAGUUGCCAAAUUGGAGUCUGAUGCAAAUAUCAAACUCAUCUACUUGACGUCACCAGGCAAUCCAACGGGGAAACUUAUCAAUGUUGAUGAGAUUGUCGGGUUGUUGAAAAGGACCAUUGAGUCAUGGAACGGAUUGGUGGUGGUUGAUGAAGCGUAUAUUGAUUUCACUGCAUCGAAUGGUAAAUUCAGUGAGUCUGUAUCUACUUUAGUCAAUCAAUUCCCCAAUUUGGUUGUGUUGCAAACAUUGAGCAAAUCAUUUGGAUUAGCUGGUAUUAGAUUGGGAAUUACAUUUUGCAACACUGAAUUGUCAAAGAUUUUGAACUCGAUAAAGUACCCGUACAAUAUUUCUUCGCUUACUUCAGAUAUUGCAUUAAAAGCUACAUCUCCUACUGGGUUGGCCGUUAUGCACAAGUAUGUUGACAGUAUCAUCAGGCAAAGACAACGAUUGUUGAAGAGUUUGCUUGAUUUGAAACAUGUUGGAAGAAACAUUGGCGGUCUUGAUGCUAAUUUCAUAUUGUUGGAGAUAUUGAACAAGGAUGGUGAACCGUCGAACGAAGUGGCGUUGAAAUUGUACAAUACUUUGGCUAUUGAUAAUGCCGUAGUGGUGAGAUUUCGUGGUACUGAAUUGAAUUGUAAAGGAGCUCUUCGAAUUUCUAUAGGAACUGAAGAAGAAAAUAAGGAGCUACUCUUGAAAUUUGAGAAGGUGUUGAAUGAAAUAAAUAGUUAA